GCUCCUGACGGGGUGGCGAGGACCGUUACUUGGCUGGCGGGGCCGGCAGCUCAGGGCCCUCCGGACCGCGCCCGAGACCGCCAUGGAGACCUUGCGAGCGCAACGGCUGCAGCCCGGAGUGGGCACCGGAGGAAGGGGCACGCUCCGGGCGCUGCGGCCCGGGGUGACCGGGGCGGCGGCCACACCCCCGGCUGGCCCCCCGCCCGCCCCGCCGCCCCCCGCCCCGCCCCCGCCGCCGCUCCUGUCGGGGGGCCCCGGGCUGCCCCUGCCCCCCGGCGCGGCCGGCAGCCCCGCGGUGCUGCGCGAGGCCGUGGAGGCCGUGGUACGGAGCUUCGCCAAGCACACGCAGGGCUAUGGCCGAGUGAAUGUGGUGGAGGCUCUCCAGGAAUUCUGGCAGAUGAAGCAAUCCCGCGGGGCUGACUUGAAGAACGGGGCUCUAGUGGUGUAUGAGAUGGUUCCCUCCAACAGCCCUCCCUAUGUCUGCUAUGUCACCCUGCCUGGAGGAAGCUGCUUUGGGAGUUUCCAGUUUUGCCCCACCAAAGCUGAAGCCCGAAGAAGUGCUGCAAAAAUUGCAUUGAUGAACUCUGUGUUUAAUGAGCACCCUUCCCGAAGAAUCACUGAUGAGUUCAUUGAGAAGAGUGUCUCCGAGGCCCUCGCAUCCUUCAAUGGCAACAGGGAGGAAGCUGACAACCCCAACACAGGGAUUGGUGCCUUCCGAUUCAUGUUGGAAUCUAACAAGGGCAAGUCAAUGUUGGAGUUUCAGGAACUAAUGACAGUUUUCCAACUAUUGCACUGGAAUGGCAGCCUUAAGGCCAUGAGGGAAAGACAGUGCUCUCGGCAGGAGGUGUUGGCUCAUUAUUCUCACCGGGCACUGGAUGAUGAUAUUCGCCACCAAAUGGCCUUGGACUGGGUGAGCCGGGAGCAGACUGUGCCAGGGGCACUGUCUAGAGAGCUGGCCUCCACUGAACGGGAGCUGGAUGAGGCCCGGCUGGCGGGCAAGGAACUGCGCUUCCACAAGGAGAAGAAAGAUAUUCUCAUGCUGGCUGCUGGACAGUUGAGCAAUAUGCAUCCCUCCAACUGCUAGGCCUCUCUCCUCACACUGCCUGUCCUCUCUAGCUCCUUUUUUCUAUGUUGCUUUCUAAGACUUAGGAUAAUUUCUGUAUAUACUUUCUCAAUUUUGUACUUUAAAAAAUAUAUGUAUAAAUUCUACAUCUGGAUUCCUAUUUGCUAAGUGAUCUCUUUCUAACUUCCAGUUUUGGGUAUCUUUUCAUUUGAACCUCUCCGUUUCACUUUGGCUCUUUGGUGGUGCUUAUACUUCCAGGUCAACUCUGUGCAGUCGUCAGUUGUUCACUGUCAUUGAUUGCUUGUGUCUCCUUUUAAAUCAACAGGGAGACUAAAUAGGAUCGUAUGCCCACUCUCACCCUCAUUCUUGCUUUCUCCUGGACUCAAACAGGGUAUGAGUAAGAAGCCUUUGACUUUGGUUUAUCUGGAGCUGGUCCUGCUAAGUAUCCUUCCUCUCCCCAUCACUACCUUACUACUUCUUUGGCUCCAAACACCUCUUUGUGGGUUUGUUUGUUUGUUUGUUUUUGGUGAUGGGGAGGGAAGGGGUUGUACAGAGGCUUAUAUUUCAGGGUCUGGGCACUGUCCCUUAGCUUUUUUAUUUAAGGCUCAUGCUCC